CAUUACGUAAAAGUAUUACGUCAAAAAAGACGUUCUUCUCGCGGCGUUCAGUUUAAUUCGGUAAUUUCGAAAGGACAGGUGUUUAAACGAAGAAUAAGAGUUUAAGGAACCCGGAAAGAUGUUGUCGCUGUAUAGAACGGGGCUUAUCUGCAAUUUACAAAGAAUGGGUGCGAGAUGUCUAUCGGCUUCGGUCGUACCAGAAUUGAAAGUUGACGAUUUUGGGGUGAAAAACGAACCCGUUUUGGGGUAUUUAAAAGGAUCGAAAGAACGCGCGGAAUUAGAACAAGCCCUUAAAGAGACCGCCUCGAAAACUGAAGAUGUCCCCAUUGUUAUUGGAAAUGAAGAAAUUCGUACUAACGAAGUCCGAUAUCAGGUUAUGCCUCAUAAUCAUAAACAAAAAUUGGCGAAAUUUUAUUACGCCGAUGCGAAAUUGAUAAAUAAAGCGAUCGAUGUGGCGGUUGAGACGCAAAGGAAAUGGGAUAAAGUGCCGAUUCCGGAACGAUUGAGGAUUUGGGAGAAAGCGGCGAGUAUGAUGGCCGGGGAGUAUCGGCAAAAAUUGAACACUGCGACCAUGUUGGGGCAGGCUAAAACUAUAAUUCAGGCGGAAAUCGAUUCGGCGGCCGAAUUGAUCGACUUUUUCCGCUUAAAUAGCUACUUUUUGAAAGAGGCCACGAAAUAUCAACCAAUCUCAGAGAAUCCGAAGGUCACUAAAAACACAAUGAGAUAUCGUGGAAUCGAUGGGUUCAUCGCGGCGGUUUCCCCGUUUAAUUUUACAGCGAUUGGAGGAAAUUUAGCCUACACCCCGGCUUUAAUGGGAAACGCAAUUUUAUGGAAACCAAGUGACACCGCGCUCCUUUCAAAUUGGUUAAUUUUUAAGAUCUGCCGCGAAGCGGGGGUCCCCCCGGGCGUCGUUAAUUUCAUCCCCGCCGAUGGCCCGGUUUUCGGAGACACAAUAACCGCCUCUAAGUAUUUAGCCGGCAUUAACUUCACCGGAAGUGUCCCAACCUUCACGAGAUUAUGGACCCAGGUUGGAAAAAAUAUCAACAAAUACGUGAAUUUUCCACGGUUAAUCGGAGAAUGCGGAGGGAAAAAUUAUCACUUCGUGCAUCCAUCAGCCGAUGUUGAAACGGUCGUUAACGGAACGAUUCGGAGUUCGUUCGAAUUUUGCGGGCAAAAAUGUUCGGCGUGUUCGAGAAUGUACGUUCCAGAGUCGUUGUGGGGAAAAGUGAAGGAUGGGUUAUUAAAAAAGCGCGCCCAAUUAAAAAUUGGGGACCCCACCGAUCCCGAAAGUUUCACUUCGGCCGUUAUCGAUGAUAAAGCUUUUAAUCGCAUCAAGGGGUAUAUUGAUCACGCGAAAAAAUCGUCUAAUUUGGAAGUAAUCGGCGGAGGGAAAUGCGACGAUUCAACCGGAUAUUUCAUCGAACCCACGAUCGUACAAUCAAAAGAUCCUAAAGAUAAAAUCAUGGUUGAGGAAAUUUUCGGCCCAGUUUUAACCGUUUAUGUCUAUAAAGACAACGAAUUAGAUAAAGCGUUGGAUUUGGUUGGAACUUCAACCGCUUUUGCAUUAACCGGCGCCGUUUUCUCCCAAGACAAGAAAUUCUUAGAACGAGCUUUAGAUGAACUAAAAAUGACCGCAGGAAACUUUUACAUCAAUGAUAAAUCAACCGGAAGCGUCGUUGGUCAACAACCGUUUGGUGGGGCGAGAUUAUCCGGUACUAAUGAUAAAGCAGGAGGGCCGCAUUACGUGCUAAGAUGGGGGAAUCCCCAAGCCGUUAAAGAAACGUUUGUUCCUUUAAAUGAAAUUUAUUAUCCGUACAUGACCGAAAAUUAAAUUAAAAUCAAACGAAAAAUAAUAAAAUGUAUGUAUAAACAACAAUUUAAACAUGAAAUAAUCAAUAUUGAUUUAAAAGAAACAAAUUUGAUGGUUAUAAAAAUGGAUUUGUGAUAUUUUUUUUUUUGUUUUUAAAAUGGAAAGAAGAAAAUGGACAAUAUCUACCUGUAUGUAUCUUAAUCUUACAUAUAUUAAUGUGUAUAAAAUAAAUAUAUACGUAUCAAGUUA